GUCACUCUCUUAUGCCCCCUUUCACGUCUUUCUCCCUCGCACCAUCCUCUCCCCUCGAUUUAUGCCCUCUUCCUCUACUCGGUAAGAGAGAGAGAGCGAUGGAAGGAUAAAACAAGCCGUCGUCUUCGAUCGCCGAUGAACUCGCAUCGAUCGAUUCGUCCUUUGGUUCCUCGUCUUCGUCGUUGUCGCCUAACUACUUUCAGCACUGUCUUCCCUCCUCCUUCCACGGUGAUAGCGAAACAUUCGUCGCCAGACGACUUGUACCGGACCUUGAACAGGCAAAGCACUGAUGGCCAGAUCGGGAACGCUCAGAACGCAGCUGCAGAUGUCAUGUCUCUGGGUAGUCCAACCAGAGGGCAAACAACACAGGGCAAGGAUGAUAAGCCUGUCUAUCCCAAUGAAUCAGAAGAAUCAGCCUGUUUUGGCUCGUCCGUGCACUAUGGUGGUCGAGAUUUCUCUGUCAACUCUCCAUCAGACCGAAUCUCUGGAGCUCCAAAAAGUUAUAAAACUAAUGAAGGGAACAAACCAGGCGACACAAACAUUGCCACUAGAGGUGAAUGGUGGCAAGGUUCCCUAUAUUACUGAAGACAUUGACCUUAUCAGAAUGCUCUAUGUUUUUAGAGGAAGAAGAGCAAUUGCAGGACCUUGCAAGCUACCAUUAUUUCAGCAAUCAGGUCUCAUGUGGUUCCUUCUUGCGGGCAUCAGCUCAAACAACCGUUUAAUCUUGGUCUUUCACAAGUCGCCAGUGCAGCACCUCUCCCUGCGAGAAACCUCGCCCUGGGCAUGUCGUGACGCGGAAGCACAUGGCGCCACAUGAGGAAUAAAGGAAAAAGGAAAAACAGCUCAGGGCCCAGCUGUUCGUGAAGUUGUCACUGGGAACAUCGACGCUUUGACUCGAGGUGCCAACCUGAGCUUAGUAGUUCAGAGGAGACAGCUGCACGACAACUAUCUACGCUUGGUUUAGUGCAGCUCCAGCCUAACUUCAAUCUGAAAGUAUGAUGUUUGGGUAGUUGAAGAGGGGUCAGGGUCCUACAGACUCUCAAGUACCAUGGGCAAAGUUACCCUGCCACAUCCUGGUUGAGGUAGUAGACAGAGCAAGGGGAAACCAGGUUGGCAUGUCACACCGACAUUUGGGUGGAACUUGGCGAUGAAGACUUGCGACAAAAAAAUAGGAAGAUGGGGAGGUUUCAAGCAAAGAUGAUGAUGACGCCAAUGACCGAGCUUAUGCUCAGAGAUUGCUUAACAAAGAAGGUGAGGAGGACAUGAAAAGAUAGGUUGUGCGACGUACCCAUGGAAACACAUUGAUGAAUGCACAUAGAAAGCAUAUGGGAAUGAGGCAGUGAAGUCAACUUUUGACAAGAUCCCAGGUUUUUCCAACGAUGAGUGUGCUUGAUUGAUUUAUUAGAAUCAAUACCUGCUCCCUUUAUUAGAAUCUACUCUCCAUUUUGGAUGAUCUGUGGUCCACUGCAAUCUCCAAAACCAAGUGAUCUAUUUCAUAGACUAGAGAGAGACAUUUACUAAGCAAUUAACUGCUCAAAUAGUAUAUGACAACAAACAAAAUACACGAAGGUUAAAGUUGGACCAUUGACUUCGAAGUCCCAAAUACUCUUCUGUUAUACAACUCAAACCAGAUAGGUUAAGAUUCAGUCCAUACCUUAUAAGGAGCAAAUAUUCAGAGCAGAAAUCCAAACCCUAGCUCACUUAUUCUGGUUCAUCUCAAGCCGUGGUGUGAGCGGCGCGUGAAGGCAUAGAAGAUGAUGGCGAUGUAGAUGAUCAUGGCGGUGGGGAUGAGGGUGACGAGCGGCACGAUGGCCCCCACCGCGAUGCCGCUGCACCCGAGCCUGCCGAGCUUGACCUGGACCACGUUGACGAGGGCCAACGUGAGGAAGCCGCAGCCCAGAACGGAACCGACGGCGGAGGCGACGAUUCCGCCGCGCAGCACUGCUUUGUUGAUGCGCGCCGCGGCGCGGCGGUGGGGGUGGACGAGGCGGACGGCCUGCUUGAGGCACAGCGCGAUCAGGCUGGAGAAGAGGAAGGAGGCGAAGGCCAGGACGUGGAAGGAGACUAGGUCCUCCACUACCCGGUUGCCGACGGCGCAGUCGACGUCCGGAAGGCCGCCGUCGGGGUAAGAAGAGGGGUUCCAGGCGAGGCCGACGAAGACGGCGAAGGUGAAGAGGGAGUUGACGUUCAUGAUGCCGUCCAGAGCCGUGAUGUCGAUGCUCGUCCCUCCGCCGCCGCCGCGGGCGUCUCCGGCGUCUGGCCUCUCCGCGUAAGCGCCUCCCACGUCCAUGGCGGGGCUCCGAUUGGCGAUGGGUACCGACGGGGAAGGCGGAGAACAAAGAAAAGUGAAGUGAUGAGGGAGGCUUCAGGGAACCGUCGAAAUAGCGAAGCUCGUCGUUUUGUUCCCCUUUUCCUGCGGGAUUCUUUUAAUGGUUUCUAAAGGGAAAGUAACACGGAAGUAUCUUUACGUA